UAUAAUACUUCACCCGUGUCGCCAGAUACCCAUUUAACUUCAACAAAACGCUGCCGUUUUAGCCCAAUUCCUUAAUUCCCACGUCGAAUCAGACCGAUCCUCACCUUAAAAACCAGAAAGACUUCAAACUCAAAAACAAGAAGAAAGGUAAAGCUUCGAAUUUCAAUACCGGUCCAUUGAUACAGAAUACUGAAAUGGAAGAUGGCAUAAACCCUCAAAUUAAAGAAGAUAAAGAAGAACCCCAAGAAGAAGAAAAACAUGAGGGAUCACAAACAAGCAGUGGAUGGGGAGGGUGGGGUUUCUCUGCUUUCUCUGUUUUAUCAGAUCUUCAAAAGAAAGCUGAAGAGAUCUCUCGCAAUGCUGCUGUGGUUGCAGAAAAGGCAGCAAAGAGCAUCACAGAUUUGAAUAUUGCUGAGGACUCAGAAUCUUCAAAAGGGGAGCCAGAGGAAGAAGAAUCUGCAAGUGAUAAGGAAACCAAAGGUGAGGAAACUGAAGAUGACAAGCUUCGGAAAUCUACUUUGGAGAAAUUGGAAAAAGCAAGUGAGGAUUCCAUCCUUGGCCAGGGCUUGAAGGUUCUUGAUCACUCUGUGGAGAAUUUGGCUUCAGGAGCUUGGCAGGCAUUAGGAAGUGCAUGGAAAGGGGGUUCUAAUCUGGUUCAAAAGCUUGAGAAUUCUGCUGUGAACCUUGCGGAUUCAAUUCAGCAAGGUAGCUUACCAGGAUCAGCCGGUUCAGUUGCACCAUCCUUACUUGAGACUGGAAAAGCUUUUACAGCAAAGGGAAUGCAAGUACUUGAAUAUGUAGGCAAGGAAACCAUGGAUCUACUGAUCACAGAGACUGGUAUUGAAGUUGAGAAAAACACUAAGAACUCUGAAAAAGGAGCUGAUGAGGAUCAUUUACUUGAGGAGAUGACAUUUGAUCGGUGUUUCUAUAUAUAUGGAGGUCCAGAACAGUUGGAGGAGUUGGAGGCAUUGUCCAACCAUUAUGCACUGUUAUUUAACCGCAGAAAGGCUAAAUUGUCAUCAGAAGAGAAGUCUGCAUAUGAUGGAAAGCUUAAACUGGUUCAGCAAAUUUUUAGUUUAAGCACUGAAAUGGAUGCUGCAGAGUUUGAAAAAGGAAAGAAAAUAGAGUCUGCAACUGAGGGAAGUAGUGACGAGAUGAAAAAUUUACAUGAUUCAAGCGUCAGCAAGGCUGCUGACAUGGCUGCAGGGUUCACAAAUGCUUUAGCAGGACAAGCUGUGAAUGACAUAAUUCAAAGGACAGCUGGAAGACUUGAAACUCUUCACUCAGAGGGGGUCCAUAGACUCUCUGAAAUGUGCUGUUCGGCAGUGUCUCAACUUCUGAUGCUUGGUAAAUCUGUCAUAUCCAAUGCUAACAAAGUUCAGCAAGAAGAUGCUGACGGGGAUAUUGUGGACAUUGACUGGCCUGAAGAUUCUGUUGAAAAAGCUAAGGUGAUGCGCACCAAGGCACGGUCAAUGGCAGGAUAUGUGGAAGCAGUUUCCAACAGCUUUAUCACAGGCAUCUCUGAUGUAGCAGAAGCUUAUGCAGCAGCCAUAAACGGUGCUACUGCAGAUUCCCAUGAAAACUUCCAACAAUCAUCAAUUCAGGACAAAGUCAAUGCCUUCUCUGAACUUCUCCGCACUGACCGGACCACUGCAGUGAGCAAAAUCCAGGAUGGGCUCCAGUACUUGUCAUAUGUAGUCAUUUCCACAUCUAUGCCUGCUGCUUGAUCACUCGAUUUCUACCAGUUUCUUUUUUCCUACAUCCUCCAACUUCUCACUAGUUAUGUUUGUAAAUAGAUAAAUUCAUCUUAAAAUGGGUCUUGCUGUCUGAUCCUAAAUCAACGGAUCCACGUUUAGCUUGAACAUUCUUUUAGAUCAUUUAAGGGUUGAAUUUGAAUGCUAGCCUCAAAAGCUGAACAGUUUAUAUCCCAUGUCAGACAAUAUAAGAACAAAAAGAGAAAUUGUUAUGUUCGACAUGAA